AUGUCGCUAAAAGUUAACAGGGUUCCUGAAAAUAUUGAUUUUCCCAAAGAAGAGGAAAAAGUUUUAGCGUUUUGGAACGAAAUUGACGCUUUUCAGACUUGUUUAAAGCAGUCCAAAAAUAAACCGAAAUAUUCGUUUUAUGAUGGACCGCCUUUUGCGACGGGUCUACCUCAUUAUGGUCAUAUUUUGGCUGGAACAAUCAAAGACGUUGUUACAAGAUAUGCACACCAACAGGGAUAUCAUGUUGAAAGAAGAUUUGGGUGGGAUUGCCAUGGUUUGCCCAUAGAAUUUGAAAUUGAUAAAACUCUUGGAAUUAAAGGCCCUGAAGAUGUAGAGAAAAUGGGUAUUGACAAAUAUAAUGCAGAAUGUCGCAAAAUAGUUAUGAAAUAUUCAACAGAUUGGGAAAACAUUAUUACCAGAAUGGGAAGAUGGAUUGAUUUUAAAAAUGACUAUAAGACCUUAUACCCAUGGUUUAUGGAAUCUGUUUGGUGGGUGUUUAAGGAAUUGUAUAAUAAAGGUCUGGUUUACCAAGGCGUUAAAGUGAUGCCGUUCUCUACAACAUGCUCAACACCACUAUCUAAUUUUGAGGCUGGACAGAACUACAAGGACGUCGUUGACCCUGCUGUCGUAGUAACAUUCCCCACUGAAGAAGGGUUUUCUUUAUUAGCUUGGACCACUACGCCAUGGACUCUUCCCAGUAAUCUAGCUCUAUGUGUGAAUCCAAAACUUACCUAUUUAAAAGUAAAAGAAAAAUCCACUGGAAAUUGUUAUGUUUUACAGGAAAACAGAUUUCCUGUUAUAUUUAAGAAUGUUGAAAACUUUGAUAUUCUAGAUAAGUUUUUGGGUGAAAAAUUAAAAGGUAUAAAAUACACGCCUAUGUUUGACUAUUUUGUUGAUAGAUGCCCAAAUGGUUUCCAAGUAUUGACUGAUGGGUAUGUCACCGAUGAUUCUGGUACUGGUAUUGUACACCAAUCUCCCUACUUUGGUGAAGACGAUUUCAGGGUAUGUUUGGCCGCAGGUGUGAUUACAAGGGAUCAAGAAAUGAUAUGCCCUGUGGAUGCUAGUGGCAGAUUCACAGAACCAGUCAAAGAAUUUCUUGGACAGUAUGUAAAGGAUGCUGAUAAAAAUAUUAUAGCAAACCUCAAAAGUCGCAAUCGUUUAAUUCAAUCUGGUCAAGUGAAACAUAGCUAUCCAUAUUGCUGGAGAUCUGAUACACCUCUAAUAUAUAAAGCUGUUCCCUCUUGGUUUGUGAGAGUUGAACAGAUGAGUGAAAAUCUAUUAAAGUCUAGUGAAGCCACAUACUGGGUUCCAGAAUAUGUCAAAGAAAAAAGAUUUGGUAAUUGGCUAAAAGAAGCUAGAGAUUGGGCCAUAAGUAGGAAUAGAUAUUGGGGAACACCAAUACCCCUUUGGAUUUCCAGUGAUAAACAAGAGGUAUUAUGUGUUGGAAGUAUUGCUGAACUAAGUGCUUUAACUGGAAAAGAAAUUACUGAUCUUCACAGGGAAAGCAUUGAUCAUUUGGAAAUUCCAUCAUCAAGGCCUGGACAUCCACCUCUUAGAAGAGUCACUGAAGUCUUUGAUUGUUGGUUUGAAUCAGGUUCUAUGCCCUACGCUCAAAAUCAUUAUCCAUUUGAAAACAAAAAAGAAUUUGAUGAAAUUUUUCCAGCUAACUUUAUUGCGGAAGGCAUAGAUCAAACAAGGGGGUGGUUUUAUACACUAAUUGUGUUGUCAACAGCUUUAUUUAAUAAACCUCCCUUCAAGAAUUUGAUAGCUAAUGGUCUAAUUCUUGCAUCUGAUGGCCAAAAGAUGUCCAAGAGAAAGAAGAAUUAUCCAGAUCCUUUAGAAGUUGUAUCUAAGUAUGGUGCUGAUGCUUUGAGGCUAUAUCUCAUUAAUUCACCAGUUGUGAAAGCAGACAAUCUUCGCUUUAAGGAGGAGGGAGUGAGAGAUGUCAUCAAAGACGUCUUUCUACCCUGGUAUAAUGCAUUUAGAUUUUUAAUGCAAAAUGUCGAGAGAAUUGUUCAAGAAGACAAAGUCGACUAUAGAUUUAAUGAAAAAGCUGUUAGGGAGAACGUUAUGGAUAAAUGGAUAACAUCAUUUACUCAAUCCCUCUUAGAAUUCGUAUCCAAAGAAAUGGCUGCAUACAGACUUUACACUGUUAUACCGCGGUUAACUAAAUUCAUCGAUCAUCUCACAAACUGGUACGUGAGAAUGAACAGGAAGAGGCUGAAGGGAGAAAACGGUGUCAAGGAUUGCCAAGUAGCUUUGGAUACUUUAUUUGGAGUUCUAUAUGACAUGGUACGAGUCAUGGCUCCGUUCACUCCAUUCUUAACCGAAUUGAUGUAUAAAACCUUGAGGGAACUAUUGCAGGGAAGUUCCUUAGAAAGUGUACACUUCAACAUGAUUCCACAGUCAAAGCAAGAUUUAGUCGAUAAAAACAUCGAAAGGGCUGUCCAGAGAAUGCAAGCAGUCAUUGAAUUAGGAAGAGUUUUGAGAGACAGAAAAACAAUUCCCAUCAAGUAUCCCCUUCCGGAAAUGAUUAUAAUUCAUCAAGAUUCGACUUACUUGGACGAUAUUAACUCUUUACUGUCUUAUGUUCUUGAAGAAAUGAACGUUAAGACGGUAGAACUAUCGAGUGAUAAAGAGAAGUAUGGCGUUACUUUAAGAGUAGAGCCAGACUACAAGAUACUCGGUACUCGCUUGAAGGGUGACUUAAAAGCCGUGACGCAAUCGCUCAAAGAUCUUGAUAAUAGUCAAUGCGAAAAGCUCAUUGCAGAUGGUUAUAUAGAACUACAUGGUCAAAGAAUCGAUGUCUCCGACAUUAAAGUUAUAUUCCAAGCGAAAGGAAGUGAUAAAUAUGAAGCUCAUAGCGACAACGAUGUUCUUAUCUUGUUGAACGUUACUCCCGACCAGGAUAUGCUUGACGAAGGUUUUGCUAGAGAGAUCAUAAACAGAGUACAGAAGCUAAGGAAGAAAGCUCAUUUAGUACCAACAGAUGAGGUAGACGUCUUUUAUGCGGUUGAUAAAGCCAGUGACAUUUUACGCAUUAUCAACUCUCACCGGGAACUUAUCGAAAGCACAGUGAAAGCUCCAUUGAUUGAUGUUGAAAAAUUACCCAAAACCAAGGCAGUUAUCAUCCAAGAAACCCAGGAACUCAAAGGGUCGCAUUUAAAAUUGGUAAUCGCUUGGCGAAAAGAAGUCGAAAUGCCCGCAAUUCCAUGGGCCAAUGUAAUACUUAAAGAUCUCUCACCACGAUAUGGAUGUACUAGUAGUCAGGGGUGUAUCAUUUUAAAAGACAAAGACAACAAAUUUAUAGACUUAAAAUGUUUAUGCAAAGAAAUUGAAGGCUUAUUCGGAAUUUAUGGAAUGAAUUACACACUGUGGUGUGACGGAGCGGAAGUUAAGAAUACCGAGAACUUGAACAUGAAGAAUAUUGUUGUUUCUAAAACAAAACCUUCCGAAUUCGACUCCCAAAGUACACCUUUUUGUAAAUUUUUAAAUGUUGUCAAUGGUAAGAAAAGCGCUACUAUGUUCUUAGAAAAUCCCGUCGGUAGAGUUACAUUAAGUAAGGAAAAGGCUACAGCAUUUCUAUCUAAAUACUGGGGUAUAUUAGUGACGGCUACAGUAUUGUACCACCUAAGCUGUAGUUUGUAG